GAUGUUCUCGGGCUUCUCGCCAACAUCUCGCAGGUCGUUGACCUCCUCAUCAAGAUUGGGGUUAUGUGCUCCAUCUAUUGUGUGGAUGUCAAGAACGCCCCUCAAGAUGUGCGAAAGCUUCUCAAGGAGGUCGACCGGCUUACGGCCGUCGUCAAAGAACUCGAAUCACUACUGAGAAGCCCGAAAGGAGCCUCGAAACUCGAGUCACAACCCUUGCGCCAGGCGGUUUUCGACCUCCGAAAAUUGCUCGCUGAGCUGGUGGCAAAGCUUGAUCUGGGCGCGAAGCAUGCCAGAGCAAUAUGGCCGUUUAAAAGAAGGGAUAUUCACGAUAUUAUUGCUGCAAUUGAGCGGCAAAAGGCCAACAUUUUAAUAAACCUCAACGUCGAGCAAACGUCAAUCCUUCUGGACGUCCAUCAAGAGUUUGUUCUUUCGAAGCUUCGAAUUGCGGAGGCUGCCUCCUUCGAUGCGAAUGUCGACAGCGAGGAGUCUCAUUGUCUUCCGGGAACUCGCACAGAAAUCAUUCAACAAAUAAAACAUUGGAGCACCAGCCCUGACAGCAAAGCGAUCUUCUGGUUGAAUGGCAUGGCAGGAACUGGAAAGUCCACCAUCUCACGUACAGUCGCCCGGGCCUUCUUUAAGGACAGCAUGCUGGGUGCUAGUUUCUUCUUCAAGAGGGGCGAAGGUGAUCGUGGCCGAACGACAUUUCUGAUUACCACACUCACUGCUCAGCUGGUCCGUCGAAUGCCCUCCCUCGCUCCGCAAAUCCGCCGAGUGCUUGAAUUCGAGCCCCAGAUUCAUGAAAAAUCCUUGAGCGAUCAGUUCCAAAUGUUGAUUCUGGAUCCUUUGAAACAACAUGCAGGAAAUGGGCAGUCGUCAGAUUUGCUCAUUGUGGUCGACGCUCUCGAUGAAUGCGGCCUCGAGGAAAGCAUGAGGAUAUUGAUCAACGUCCUCUCGAACGCUCAAUACACUGAGAACCCACGACUCAAAUUCUUUCUUACCAGCAGACCAGAGUUGCCGAUUCGACUAGGAUUCGAGGAUAUCAGCGGAAUGUAUGACAAUAUGCUUCUUGCAGUAGUGUCGACUCCUACAAUUGAGCAUGACAUUGAGCUAUUCAUGCGCCACCAACUGGACAAGAUUAAGCAGGACUACAACAAGUCUGUAACACAACACCGCAAAAUAUCAGAUGACUGGCCCGGAUUGGCCAUUAUACAGAAGCUGGUCGCAUCAGCUAUUCCCUUGUUCAUCGUGGCCGCAACGAUCUGCCGAUUCCUCAACGACAGAAGAUUGGGAGGCCCGCCACAUCAACUAAAGCGAUUACUGGAAUACCGAAAUGCGAAACUAUCCGGCCUUGAUAUGACAUACCUUCCAGUCUUGGAUCGCCUAACUGCUGGCCUUACCGUAUCGAACAAGGAGGAUGUGAUGAACAAGUUCAGAUACCUGAUCGGAUCAAUCAUCACCCUGGCCAAGCCUUUGUCCAUACGAAGUCUUGCUCGGAUUCUCAAUGUCUCGACAGACGCUAUUGAAGACCAACUAGACGUAUUGCAUUCAGUACUUGGAGUUCCCAGCGACUUGGAUACCCCAGUGCGACUGCUACAUCUUUCAUUUCGAGAUUUCUUAGUGGACUCUGAGAAACAGCUUGACCUCGAAAGAUAUCCGUUCUGGAUAAAUGAACAGGAGGCCCAUGCAAAAUUGUUCCUGCAAUGCCUCAGAUCGUUAUCUAAUGACAACGUACUCAGAGAAGACAUUUGCUUUCUCAGAUCGCCGGGAACACUGCAAUCAGACAUCAGCCAAGACACUAUUGAUGCCUGUCUACCCGAUGCAGUCCAGUAUGCUUGCACGUAUUGGGUCUACCAUUUGACUUCCAGCAAUCGGAGCAUAUGUGACCAUGACGAGACACACAAGUUCCUAUCCAUCUACCUGCUGAAUUGGCUUGAAGCGCUUAGUCUCAUGAGACAAAGCGCAGAGAGCGUCCAUAUGGUAGACGACUUGAUACACAAGCUAGAGAGGUCAAAAACAGAAGUCAUCGGGAAAUUCUUGCGGGACAUACGCCGAUUUAUCCUCGCCAAUGUUGUCACGCUGGAAAAAGCGCCGCUUCAAAUUUACUCUUCCGCGCUUAUCUUUGCUCCAGAAAAUAGCAUUGUGAGGCAAAUGUUCAAAGAGAGUAUCCCUACAUGGCUCCGCACCUUGCCAGCAAUGCAGCCUCUUUGGGAUCCUUGCCUAGCCACCAAUGCAAACCAGCUUACAUCGAUCGUGAACCUUAUCACUAUACCAGCUAGUGAUAGGGUUAUAUCUCUUCCAAAAAUCGGAGGCGAAAUGAAGGUUUGGGACUUGAAGUCAGCGUCCUGCAUUGCGAUUCACAGCAACGUUUUGGCAAAAUCUGUUAGGGUCUCGCCUGACGGUACAGAAGUACUGUACAUGACGGGCCACAAAGUGCUCCAGGUCAUGGAAGCUGCAACGAGAAGUUGUAUAGGAGAGUACAGGGGCCACACCGACACCAUUACUUGCGCAGUGUUUUCGGCAGAUGGCCUGCAAUUCGCUUCGGGAGGUGAUACUGGCAUUGGACAUGCCAUUGGCAUCUGGAAUGUUCUAACGGCCACUUGCGAUGCUGUCUUAGAAGGUCACCGCGCUAACAUAUCUGAUAUCAUCCUAUCAAUGGACGAGAGCAAGAUCGCCUCUGCUUCCUAUGAUAAGACCAUUAGAGUGUGGGAUACUCGCGAGUGGACUUGCGUUGCAAUAUAUAAUGGUCAUGCUGAGGGUAUUUCCAGCCUUACUUAUUCAGCUGACGAGACGCUGCUGAUAUCAGGGGACCUCGCUGGUACAUUGAAGAUCUGGGAUACAAACGUUGAAACACAGGAAUCCAGACUGGAAGAGCACGAAGGCGCAGUUCUCGAAGUCAUGUUUUCCGCUGACAACAAGAGGGUCAUAACAACUUCCGGAGAUCAGACAGUGAGGCUAUGGGAUGCAGACUCCGAAAAGUACUGCGUCGGGGAACUCCUUGGGAUCUGCGGGCUUGCAAAUCAUAUGGAGUUUGACUCUACUGGGCUGAGCUUGAGAACCAAUGUGGGCACGCUUACGUUGAACCCGCUUCUUAGUUCACCUCCCAGUGGUAGAGCAGAGCUGCCGCUCAUCCCUCAGAUUGCGAAUACAUCUGGACUCGGUCUGAGCAAUGACGGAGAGUGGAUCACUUGGGACUCGUACAGGUUGCUUUGGUUGCCGCCCACAUAUCAAAUAUCGGCAGCAGAUAUCGAUGUCGCGACAUCUCGAAUCGCUCUUGGGUCUCGCCAUGGCCGGCUGCUCUUGAUAGGGGUC